AUGGAUCCAAACAUCCAGGGAUCCUUCCUGUUCAACAACAGCCUGAACCAGUUCCCCUCGGAUCUAAAGACGCCGGUUUGCCAGUACUCAGUGCCCAACUCUUUCUACAAGCUCAACCCUUGCCUGAACAGCCAGCUGCAAGCAGGGACACCCCACGGCAUCAGUGACAUCCUGAGUCGCUCCAUGAUGGGCACCACGGGCACCACCACCCUGCUGUCUGGAUACUCGACCAUGGGGGGGUUCAGCCCCUCCGUCUCCAACGCGUCCAUGUACUAUAACCGAGACUACAACUCGUCACUGGGCAGCUUCACCAAGCCGGGCGCCGAGUGCCCGAUGAAGGCUCGCAAUGUGAGCUGCUGGGCCGAGAACGGCUGUGACUGGAGAGGAGGGAGGCAGCAGUGCACCAACAGCGGUGCUCCUCUCGGGGAGAUGUCCGGCAGGAAGAAACACACCAGGCCGACAUUCAGUGGACAUCAGAUAUUUGCUCUGGAGAAAACCUUCGAACAGACCAAAUACCUGGCCGGGCCUGAGAGAGCGAGGCUGGCUUAUUCUCUGGGAAUGACCGAAUCACAAGUUAAGGUGUGGUUUCAGAACCGACGCACCAAGUGGAGGAAGAAGAGCUCCACGGAGCCGAGCUCCACGCAGAGCGGCCUGCACGCCGGCCAGGGCGAGGCCUCGGAGAACGAGGUGGAGGACGAGGAGUACAACAAGCCCCUGGACCCCGACUCCGACGACGACAAGAUCCGCCUGCUGCUGCGCAAACACCGCAGAGCUUUCUCCGUGCUGCGCCUCGGGCCGCACCACGUCUGA